AUGAGUAACACAACGUGUUCAAAUCAAAAUCUUAAUGUUAAACAUGUUGCAACUCUAUUCGAAGAAGUUCAAAAUCGUUAUAUUAAAAAAUUAACAACUAUUGAUGAAAAACAUAUAACAACUGAUGAACGCCAUAAGCAAAAAUUAGCUGUUUAUGAGAGCUAUGUAAAAGAUUUAUCAAUUCAAACACGUUUAUUAUUACAAAGUCUUGAUGAGCUUGAAAACGAAGCUAAUCAACGUGUUGCUUUACUUGAAAAUAAACUUAAAAAAGCACAUGCAUCUUUACAACAACAUCAUUCAUUGUCAGAUGUAACAAAAAGUGUUAGCAGCAUUGAAUCGGAAAAGUGGAAAUUGAAUCAUGAAAAUCUUGAUUUAAAACAUGAUCUCGAUUCAUUAACAACAUUUAUUAAUACCGCUAAACGAACGGGUAAAUGGGAUACAAAAAGACUUCAAUUAAAAACUAUUCCACUUGAUCGUAUUAUUGGUAUAUCAAAUGACGAUAUAAAUCCUACAGUACCUUUACAUAAAGAAAUUCAAUAUCGUGAUGAACGUAUACAAGUUUUACAAGCUGAAAUUGAACAACUUCGAAAAACAAAAGAUGAAUUAAUUAAACAAACACCGAAUAGGCAGUCAUCUUUCGCUUCAUUUAUGGCAGAUGAUAAUUCAAAAGAGCAAAAUAUUGUUCUUUCAAAAAAAGUUGAAGAUCUUCGUGCUAAACUUGUUGAAGAAUGUCAAAAAACUGAAACACUUAAAAUGGAUACACGUCUCAAAACUAAUGAAUUACGAGAUCUUCAAGAAGAAUAUCAAAAAAAUAAACAACAUUAUGAUGAACAUACACAUGAUUUAUCAACAAAACUGAAAACAAUAACAGAUCGUCAUCGAGAAUCAACAACAUCACUAAAUAAUGAUAUUAAACUAAAAAAACAACAAAUUGAACAAUAUACGCAACAAAUUGAACAAAUUUUAAGUGAAAAAGUUCAACUUGAAAAUGAACGUAACGAUUUACAACGACAAUGUCGUGUUAAAGAUACAAUAACAGCUGAUUUAGAAGUACAAAUUCGUAAUCUUCAACGAGAAUUAACAUCAAAUAAUUAUCCAAUUAUUCCUAUACAACCUGUUGAAUCAACAGUAUCAAAAAUUGAAUAUGAAAAACUUGAUCAAGAAUUACAUUCAACUAAAAAACGACUUGAUGGAAUUACAGCUGAACUUAAAACAAAAGAUGCUUUAAUCAAUAAACUUGAACAAGAUCUUCGAGCAUUAAAAAAAUCUCAUGAUGAACAAUUAGAACAACAUAUUGAAACAUCAACAAAUGAUGCUGAACAAUUACAUACAGAAAUUCGAGCAUUAAAACGUCUAUGCGAAGAAAAAAAAGAUCAACUUCAUAAGCAAUCGUUAGAAUUACAUACAUGUCAAGAACAUUUAAUAGUUGAACAAAAUAAAAAUAUUACAAAUGAACAUGAACAGGAAAAAUUAUCUAAUAUAAUACAUUUAUCAAAAGAACAAAUUGAAAAACUUGAACAUAAUUUACAAGAAUCGAAAAUAAAAAAUGAACAAUAUGAAUAUACAAUAAAUGAAUUAACUUCUCGAAUAAAUUUAAUUGAAACAAAAUUAAUUGAAGCAAUGACAUUAAUUGAUUUACGUAAUAAAACAUUAAUUGAUUAUGAACAACAAAUGGAUAAAAUAAAAAUUGAAUUAAUACAAAAACAUAAAGAAAUUCUUGAUAAACAAUGUCAUAUUGAUCAAUUAGAACAAAAUGUUAUCGAUAAAACAGCUGAAGUUGCACAUUUAACUGAAACACUUGAAACUGGUCUUGUUAAAAUUCAUCAUAGAGAAAAAUUUGCUGAAGAUAAUGCAUCUAAAGCAUUACAUGAUGUUAAAGUUUUACAACGUGAACUUCGUCAUGUAUCAGAAUCAUUAACUCAACGUGAACAUGCAAAUCAUGCACUUAAUCAACAAAUUCAACAAUUAACAAAUGAAUUAAAAAUAAAACAAGAUGAAUUUCAACAAAUGCAAAAAUCAUUAAAUAAACAAUUAGCAAUUAAACAAGAACAACUUCUACGGUAUGAUCAAAAUCUUCAUGAAGUAGAAAUAAAAUCAAAAUAUGCUAAAGAAGAAUGUUUAAUACAAGAAAAAGAAAUUGCUCGUUUAAAUAAUGUUCAAGAAGAACAAGAAAAUCGUAUUAAAAUAUUACAACAAGAUCUAUUAAAACUUCAAGAAGAGAAAGAAUCCAUAAAUGUUCAAUAUGAACGUUCCGAAGCUGAUAUACGUAAUAUAAAAAUUUUACGUGAAGAUGAAACACAUAAAUAUCGUCAUGAAAUAGAAAAAUUAAAUAGUGAAAUAAUAUCAUUAAAAACAAAUGAAACUGAUUUAUUAAAAAAUAUUGAUGAAUUAAAAGAAAAUCUUUUCAAUAUAACAAGUGAACGUAAUGAUAUACGAGAACAAAAUGAAAAUUAUCAAAAUGAAAUUGAAAAUAUACAAAAAAUGUUAUAUGAUGAAACUGAAUCAGCUUCAAAAUCUGCAACAAAAAUUGUUUUAUUAACACGACAAUUAGAUGAAGAACAAAAACGUGCUAUAGAUGCUAUACGUCAAUUAGAUGAAUUAAAAAUGCAAUCGAAAAGUUCAUCAAUGACAAUUGAUACAUUAAAAACUGAACUAAGUCAUGCACGUUCACUUAUACAAGAACAUUCUAUUAAAGAAAUGGAUUUAAAACAAAAUGUAAAUCGAACAAAUUCAUUAUUAGAAGAAACAAAUAAAUCACUUGAUGAUCGACAACGUGAAAUUGAAACUCUUAAUCAUCUUUUAUCACGUUUACAAAUUGAUUACGAAAAAUCAAAAAAUGAUUUAUCUAUCGUACAAGAUCAAAUAAUGCAACAUGAAAUUGCAAAUCAAACAUUAAAACAACAUUUAACAGAAAAAACAAAUGAAUUAUCAGCAAUUACAAAUCGUCUUCAUCAAAUACAACAAGAUUUUCAUUCAUAUGAAAAAGAACAUCGAUAUUCAAAUGAAGAAUAUUUUGAACGUGAACAACGUAUGAAAACAAUCGAAAAUGAAUUAUCAAUGAUGAUUAGUAAUUAUGAAAAACUUCAACGUGAACAUACUACUUUAAAUGAAGAUUUAACUAAAUGUCAAUAUGAUCUUGAACAAAGUCAAAAGUCUGAUAUUUCACAUAAAGAACAGGCAUCUGAAACAAGUGAACGAUGGGCUUAUAUUACAUCAAAACUUCAUGAACAAAUAACUGAUUUAAGUGAAGAUGCAAAUAGACUUCGUAUACUUGAUGAACGUUUUGAACAAUCAACAAAAACUUUAACACUUUUACGAAGUCACCAUGAAGAUUUAAUUUUACAAUUCAUGACUAUUAAACCUGUUCUUGAAAAAGCUCAUUUAUAUGUACGAGAAUAUAAACGUAAAUGGUCUCAAACAAGUGAUGAAAAUCGUCAUUUACGUAUGGAAGCAAAACGUAUGAGAACUAAAAUUGAUGAUUUUCAUCGAGCUGAAGGUAUAAUGCAUACAAAAAUUGAUGAACAAGAAAUGAAUUUAGUACAAUUACGUAAAGAGCUCAAUAAUACAACACAAGCUCAUUCUGAAGCUCAAGCACUUAUUGAACGUUUAAAACAUACAUUAGAUGAUACAAUACAAGAACGUGAUCAAUUAAUUAAAAAUAUGACAAAUGCUAAUAAAAAGAUUGAAAAACUUGAAAAUGAUAGUGAUGGAUAUACAAAUGAAAAUCGUUUAUUACAUCAAGCAACACAAAAAUUAGAAAAACAAUUAGCAAAUACACAGGCACAUAAUGAAUCAUUACAAAGAACAUAUCAACAAAAUGAAUUAUCAUAUCAAGAAAAAAUAAAUGAAUGUGAAUCAUUAUUAAUAUCAUUAAAAGAAGCAAAUAAAGAUUCAUUAUUUUUAUUAGAACAGAAAAAAGCUGAAUUAAAUAUGUCACAAUCAGAAAUACAAUCAUUAAAAUAUGAUCAAUCUACAACAUCUGCCAAGUUUGAAAAAAUUGAAGAAAUGAAUCAAGAAUUAAAACGACGUAUAUCUAUUCUUGAACGAUCAAAUGAUGAAUAUAAACGUUUAAUACGAAAACGUGAAAAAGAACAUGAACAAAUUAAAAAUGAAUAUGAAAAUAAUAUUAAAAAUAUUUCAUCACUUAAUAAUAAGUGUACCAAACAAGAUGCUGAAUUAAAUAUUCUUCGUCUUGAAAAUGCAGCUUUGACUGAAGAAUUGAAAUUAAUGCGUGAAAAUGUUGAUCGUUGUGAACAAGAACAAAGACGUUUAAGAAAAGAUUGUGAUCAAGCAUUAAAUUUUAUUCAUGAUGGUAUUCCAGAAUUGUGUUUGGACGAUGGUAUUACUAACAAUAAUCGAAAUGGAACAUUACAAGAACAUUUAAAAAAAAUUCCAUCAUUAAUGCAACAAUUAACAGGCGAUAGAGAAAAUUUAAAAACUAAAAAUGCACUUUUAGUACAAUUUGUUCGUGGACUUACUUAUGAUCUUAAUGAUUGUCAGAGUAGUCAGAAAAAAUACAAAUUACUUAAAGCACAUUCAAAACAACAACAAUUAUUAUUAAAUCAAUUGGAAGCUCACGUUCGUUUUUAUGAAUCUGUAUUCAAAGAAAAAGGAUUUUUUCCAACAAUUGAAUAUUCUUCAGGAUCAACAGUAGCUUCAGCACCUGAUGUUAUCGACAAUUUAUGCAUUAUGAAGCAUCUUGAUGGAUCAAAAUCUACAUUUCUCACAAAACUAAAUCUAUCAUCAAAUAAUCAAUAUUGUUUAGAAUUCAAAUAUCUUAUUACUGGUUCAAUUAUGAGUUCUUGUAUGAAUUUUUAUGGAAAAACUUUGGCUGAUACUAAAAAACAAUCCAUAUUAUUUUCGAAUUUUUGUAUUCCAAAUGAACAACUUGAGUUACUUUGGUAUUCUUUUACUGUUCCACUUCCAAAAAACUUAAUUAUGAUUAAUGUAGUCACAGAAAGUAAUGGUAUUGCUAGCAAUCAUUCAUUAAUCAUUAAAGAUUUAUUUAUUCAACAAUGUGAUCAAACUUCGACAUUACGAAACAUUCUACCGAUGAAUUCAACUAUAGUGUCUUUAUGGUUGAAUGCAAAAAAGAAUUUUUGGUUUCAAUAUCGAUGGAUAUUCAUCAUAGGUAUUCCUAUACUUUUGCUCUUAUUAUUCAUCAUUAUUAUGAUUAUUCUCUAUACAUCUCAUCGAAUAUUUCAUCAAAAGUCAACAGUAACCGAACGAAUUCAAAUUUCAUCUAUGAAUCUUUCUCAACAUUUUUAUGAAGAACCUAUAUCAAUUAUUUUAACGCCUCCAAUAGACAUAAGUGUGUAUGAUCAUGUUCGAGAUAAUUAUCGCGUUGACAUUAUCUUUUUCUAUUUUAUUUCAAACAAAACCUUUUAUGUUACAAUGUCAUCAAUAAUAACCGAUGAUGAAAAUCAUCUAAACAAAUUAGAUCAAUAUGAAUCUAUUUUUAAACAUUAUGGUUUGAAAACACAAUCACAACAUGUUGAUCAUCAACAAGAAAAAUAUCUUAUUGAGAUAAAUAAUGAAUUAAAUAGAAAUAAUCUAUAUGAAACUCAUAGAAGAUUCUUAGAAAGAAAUGAGAGUAGCAAAAAAAUGAAUAAUACAAAAACUAUGGCAAAUAAAAGUUCAUCAAAAAAAUCUAAAAAAAGCAAAAAAUCAAAUAAAAAAGCUAAGAAAAAGAAUUAUGAAAAAGUUAUAAAAAUUACACUUCCUGAUGCAGCUAAAGCUCGUAAAACCACAUAUAGUAAACAACAACAAAAACCAAAUAAAAGUCAACAUAAUUCGAAUGUACCUUCAUCAAUGUCUAACGUAUCAUUAGAUGCUCUAUCGUCUUCAACAAUAAAAACAGUACAGAAAUUACCAACAUUCGAAUAUCAAAGCAAUGAUUCAGUAUCAGAAGUACAAUCCAAUUCAUUUCCUAUAACAACUUUAAAAAGUACGGAUCAAAUCAUUUCUCCAACACUUUCAUUUAAUCAACUAAAGAUAGAUGAAACUAGUCCAAAAAAGAAUUCACAAAUCAAUGGGAAAAAUUCUAAUUUAAAUAAUAAAACACCAGAUAAUUUUGAAUUAACAUGGGAUUUAGAUGAAAUCAAUGAUUUCACUCGAAAUAUGUUGAAACACAGUAAUGUUGGUAUUUGA